AUGCCUGCUUCUACAUAUGUUCAAUACCACUUUGCAAUUGUUAUAUCGAAUAAAUCGAUAAUCACAUCGCAUAUUGCUUCUGGAACCGGCAAAAUACCAAAUUACUACCUUGCUCCAUGUACAUUCAGGGGUUUUACGACAUGCAUAGAUGCACGAGGCAAAGGAAAAUGGAUGGAGUACAAGGCGAGGCCGGUUUCUAGCCUUGAAACCGCCCCGAGCAGCGACAAUCUACCGACACGACUCUUAGUUCUCUCGUUGUCAGUCUCGCAUUGGCAUUAUACUCAUGGUACAUUGUCUUAUAAGUCUUACAGCUGGCAGACUUUGUACCGUACCUUACUCAAUCUUACUCGACUAUCCGGACUCACCGCCAUCGAGGGAUUCUGGUAUUUGCAUUACCGUGGGAAAGCGCAUCUAAUCACUGAUCACGAAAGAGUCAUUGCUUGGGUUUUUAGAACCAGCACGCAAGCUCGAGGCAAAAAUGUCGCGGAAGUCUUUCCGAUAUCCAAGUACGGAACCGUUUAUGAACAUCUGACCUCUUUUUUAUCUCUCCGUCUCGAUUUAAGGAAACGUCGUGUGACGCUCAUUGUUACUGGUCUGGAGAUGGAUGAUAUUUACCCUAAAAAACAAACAACUUCUUGUGAUCUUGUACGACCUUUUCCAUUGACCCUAGAAAGGGCGGAAAGAAACGGAGAGGAUCGAGAUAUCUGA